ACCAGGUCAACUAUGUAGCAACAGCGAUUCGGCAGAGAUUGACAGUGCUAGUAAACUCAAGCUCAAUGCCGAGACAAUGUUAUCUAUUCAUGCCAAUUUAUAACUCGAACCUUAACUCUUAUAUAACAUUUUUGUUAUGAACUAGUGUUGCUGUAUAGAGUUGUUAUAGUUUAAUUAGGGUUGUAUAUGUAUGUAGAAUAUUGUUGUUGUUUUUUAAUUUUAGUUAACAUUUUCUGUUCAUAAAACAGUUUUAAGAUGCAUGCUGGUAAUAUAUUUAAAAACAAUGGAGAAACUUAUAGAUAUAUGUAUUUAUAUAACCUAUAUAUAUAUAGGUUAUAUAAAUUCUAGGUUCUGACCACUCAUGCAUUCACUUUUAAUCACUAAUUUUCUCACUUGCCGUUUCCAGAUCGAAACCAUAGCGGUUAAAUGUCUCUUUGAAAGCCGACAUUUUCAUAUCUAAAGUAAAAAUAUCCUUCCGCUUCAGCACCUAAUAACACUUCUUUGGUGCGCAACUUUCUUUCGUUCCAUUUGGUUAUCAACAAUAUAAAAUAUAAAAUAAAAAUAAUAGAGAAAUAUUUAAAGUGUGGACUAUAUUAUAUUGGGAAUAGAGAUGUUUCUUCUUUCAACUGUUCCGCGGGAAUGGGCAUUUCAUUUUGAAAAUAAUGCGUGUAUAUGUGGGUGGCAUUAUAGCGUAGCGAGAUGGAAGGCUGCAAUGGACGGGUCUAAGAAAGGUCAGUGCAUACUUUAUAAUAAGGGAUUUGCAGGCCGUUUGAUUUACGGAGGAAAGAGACAAAAAUAAAGGGGGCGUUAUGGAGUUUGAGGACUAGAAUAUUGCGUGGCUGCGGGACGGUUUAUUGAUGGAUGUAAGAGUGUUAUGGGUGAUACACACGUACAUUAACUAUUUUAAUAGUAGCGUAGUAUAAGUAUUGGGUAGAGUUAUGCUCUCUUUGAACUCAAGGGCAGUCGUUUUAUUUGUGAAACCACUUGUUGGCAUUAUGCCCAUUGCAUUUAUCGACAAUUGCAUCAUGUGAUAAAUAUGCCAAGUCAUCUAUCAAACGCAGUCUAGAUCUGAACUUAAGUUGCUUCACUGGCGCUUCAGAGCUUAUAUACUAUUGGAUCACAUCUAGAGUAGAUUCAUAUAUGUAUUCGUAAAUACAAACUCACCAAGUCUUUAAAUAUUCUCUUAUUAGACUUAGUUGUCCAACGUAUUAUCUUAAUGUUUACCGUUUGUUGGUUGGGAAAUAAACAAUGUACUUGUUAAUAAUUUAAACCACCACUCGCACCAGAGAGUAAUUUGUUAUGUUUGUCAGAUCCACCUUCGGAAUAAAUCAUUAUAAACAUGCUCCUUGUAAGGAUUUUUCUAUUUGACCAUGUGGAUUCCACAACUCAAAAAUGUGUAUGUUUAUUAUUUACGUAUAUUCUUUUCUUGAUUUUAUCCUACGAAUAAUCUCAAUGAUGUUUUGUUUGUAUCAAAUGAUCACCCAUAUAUAUGUGUAUUGUACUAAUGUUUAUAUUUUAGUUGUUGGAAACAUCAGAUGGUUAUUGGACGACUCGUACACUUUCUAGUCAGCUAGACGCUCGACAACUCAUGCCACGCUGGUCAUCUGGUCGUUCGACAACCCUUACAUCACGUGUAUCUCAAUUUACACUGUCCAUGAAGUCAACUCUUAAUGUUGAGUGCACUCCCCGGUCCUAUCCCUCGUCUUCUGCUCUUUAGCAUUCAUCAUCUCCUCCUAUAUUCAACGCUAUGAUGAAUAGACUUGUAAAUAUAAUCCUUCUACCUACAGUGUAGAAUCAGACACCUUAAUUAAUUUAAUUAUUCUCCUUGUCCACACCUAGAUUGUAUCUCGAGCUAUAAAUUCCUAUUGCCUCCCUUGCUUAUGUUUAAUUGAGAUUUGUAUCUCCCUAGCUGUGCUCUUGUGUUUUAUGUUGUUAUUAGGAAUCAAUGUUUUAGAUGUAAUAUCCCCUGAUUGUAAUCACGAACAAUUUUAUCAAUCUAAUAAAUACAUCUCAGUUGAGGUCAUCAAUAAGAUGCAUGAGAGAAGUGUCCUAACUUGUCUAGGCUUUCUUCGCAGCCUCCCUCAGGUAGUCCGCCUACGUAUACCCCUACGUGAAAGUACUUGGUACUUCUUGGUACUGAUACUACGAUCUCUCAUGCGUUUGCCACUUACUAUUUGCUAUUGAUACUACUACUACUACUGCCCAAGUAAAGUAAAGUAAAGUUCCCCUUUCCGACCUUGUGGUCUAUAGGGCAGACGAUGUAAAGGUCAUAUGAUUCUGUGGACCACGGUUAACGAGGGUGUCAUGUGGCCAGCACAACGACCAACCGCCUUUACUUUUCUCCAACUAAUGUCAGGUACCCAUUAGAGCUGGGUGGACUCAGAUUCCGAAAUUAAAAAUCCCAGUCUUCACCAGGAUUCGAACCCCGGACUCCGGUUCGGUAGCCACCGCGCCACUACUGCCCAAGGUAGACCUUUACUACCUGCAGUACUCAUCGUGCCCACGGUAGCCUGCAACCCACUCUAAUGCAAUGGCGGAUCCAGAGGGGGUAGGGGCGAUCACCCCCCACACCCACAAUCGGCAGAACUCUCCCUCCCUAUACGAAUGUAUUAUUUAUGUUAAUAAUAUACACUAAUUUUUUUUAUAUUUCAACCUAGUUUUAGAUUAUUUCGCCCCCCUCUUUUAGUAUGUUGGUCGAUUUGGUGGGGAGGGGUCAAUAGCAGCAAUACCGCCCCCCCCUACAUUUUCGAGUAGGAGGGGCGGUCCAUUUUAUUUUUAGAAAUCACAGCUUUUUAACAGAAUCAAUUAAAUAUCUAUAUGAUUAAAACUUGUUAUUGAUAUCUUAACUAAUCUUUAUAUUAUGUCGUUCCACUGUUGGCCGAUUGGGUGGGGUUGGGGGGGGGGGGAUAGAUCUACUGCCCUUCCCACCUAAACCCUUUGAAUGGGGGGGCGGUCCUUCUUUUAUGGAGAAAUCAUAGUUUUUGAACAAAAUUUGUUGAAUUACUAUAUAAUGUUUAUAUUAUGUCGCUCCCCUUCUGAUAAAUUGGACGAUUUGGUGGGGUUGUGGUGGGGGCGAUUGUAUCACUACCCUCCCAACUCUAUCGCUCUGAGUGAGGGAUGCGGUUCUAUUUUGAUGGUAAAAUCAUAGUUUGUGAACAAUAUCUGUUUUAGUGUACGAUAUCUAAACGGAACGGACGGACGUACGAACAGACAGACCACACAAAACUAAUAGAGUCUAUACCUCUUUCGGGAGCCGCUAAGAAUGACAUUCACGUAUUCCUGUCAUUAAUAAAACGAAACAAACAACAGAAGUAUGUCCACUUGAGAAGUGUAUCGUCUAAAGACAAGGUUACACCACUUCAAGUCAAAUUGCUUAGUUGAAUGUUGCAGUAGAUUUUUUUCGCUUCAUUAUGAACAAGUUUCGUUAAAGAGAAAAAUAUUUUAAAAUCUGUUGUAUUCAAUAACUAUUACAUUCAAUCAUAACAAUGUUCAUUAAAUAUUCGUAUAUUGUAUGUUUUCUGAAUUUUGUUUGUUAUCUUUAGGCUAAAUUUUUUUAUAACUUUAAAUUGGUUUCAUCUGUGAGUUGGUGAUUGUGUCUACUACCAACGAGUUUAUGUCUUUAUAUCUCGGAGAUAUUUUGUGUCUUCAAUCAUGGCAUUUUUACGCUUUAAGUCGUCGUAGACCCCUCUAGGUCUAAAGAGACAAACUUCGGACAACUAAGUUAAUAACUUCGACUAAAAACUCUAAAUUUACACUCAUGCACAGUCUUAAAUAUGUGGAUAGCUAAACAAAAAAAGAAGACAAACUUAUAAAUAUAUAAAUAAUAAAUCCCAUGUGUUAAUGGACAAUAUUAGAACUCAUUAAAUAGUAGGAUGUAAAGGGACAUAACAAUAAUAUAACAAAUUUAUUUCCAAAAUCUAAUGGACAUAAAAAUAUAUUGCUCUUUGUUCUUCGAAAGCAAACACGCAAACAAAAAUUAGAUUUGUAUCAUCUUUUUAAAGGCCAAAAAAAAUGAACUUAUGUAAUUUGUCUUAAACAUUUAGCACAAAAACGAUCAUGUCGCCCAAAAAAGUCCUUGCCUAAUAGACCAUGUUUAUAAAAUAAAAAGUAACUGGGUCUUCUCAUUUUCUUUAUAUGUGUAGGUUUAGAAUAUUUUUAAAAAAAUUAAAUUAUCUACAAAUAUUAAACUAGUCCUACAAUUGAUAAAAAUUUCAUUCACAAGUUCAUCUAUUGUUUAUGUCCACAUCCGAGUAAAAUUUACUUACGCUAAAUCAAACAUGGCAAUUUUUUUCUUUUAAAGCAACUGGUAGGUUAUCAGUUUUUAGUUGCAGCCGGGAAAAAAAAUCAUAAAAUGAAUUUUCGAUGCAAAAUUGUGGGUUAUUAAUAGCACAGCGAGGGUUUCAAAAGUCAACUACUUGGUAACAACAUCAACAAAAUCUUCUCCCUACUUCGCGGAAUAUCUUUUUUUUUUGCUUGUGAUUUUGACACUCACCCCAGGCGAAAAAACUAGGAAUCACUGUAGCUGCUUCUGCUUUUACCACCCACUUGUCACGUGGUCAAGUGAUUCACGAAAAAAAAAUUGUAUACACCCCAAUAAUAAACAAUGACAACGAGGCGGACGUAGAUCUAAAAUCUACACUGACCAUGUCAACUUGUUUGUAACUGUUGAACAGGACUCAUGGUAGUCAUACAAUAACAAUUACACCCGAAAUAGCUUGCUGUGUGUUGCACCAAGUAGAUGGCUUCCUUCCGGUAAAGUGCAGAGAGCUGAUACAUUGAGAGUGGCAUUACGUCAUCAGUAGCGUGAGUGUCCGACGCCUAGACAGAUACCACUGAUACCUAGGAGGAUGCACAAUCCAGUUUAACCACAGACCACUGUCUACUAGCUGAUACACUGUCAAGACUAACCUAGCAACUUAGCAUAGUUAUAUUAGUUGUAAUUGUUAGAAUUCAUCUUUUUUCCCCAAUACAAUGUCAAACGCGGUUUUAACUAUUAGAGAUGGUAUCUUGUCGUAUAUUAUUGCUAUACAUAGGAGUUCUUUUCUUGUAUGUUUGCUGUUUUACAUAUUAAAUAUUAACGUGGAAAGGACUAUGCCUGCCGACUUCAAAUUGUAAUUUAACUCUCCAUGACACUAUUUUUUUCUCAUUUACUCUUUUCUUUCCCUUUGUUGUAAAUAGUGUCAUAUAAGUGAUAGCCUUAGCUGGGCAUAUUUCUUUUGUUAGGUUAAUAAGCGCUAUUUCACUUUUACGUACAUUAUAUACAUUUGUGUGUAGAUAUAUAUGUUUAUAUAUGUAUAUAUGUAUGUGUAUGACAUAGUAUGUGUAUAUAUGUAUAUAUGUAUGUGUAUGACAUAGUAUGUGUAUAUAUGUAUAAAUAUAUUUGAAUGACUGUUAUCUAAUAACAGUCAUAUCGUGAGGGGGGGGGAUGUCAGGGAGAGGUAUGGCGAGAAUGAAUGUUAGUUUGAUAUUUUGAUAUGAUUGUUAUAUCCCCUUGUUAUGAAUGCGAAGUGUUGCACGAGUUGUGAACUGAGUGAUUAAGUCUUCGUUGAAUGUGCGAGAGAAUGUGUUAGUCAGUAAGGUCUUGCUCCCGGUCCAGGAAGGUUGGACGUUUACUUCCUGGACUGGUGUUUAUGCAUUUAUAUAUUUAUAAGUUGAUGGACUGGUUUUGUUUAAGUAAUAUUUAUUGUGCAUUAUUUGACCUAUAUUGGAUAUUAAAAUAUCAUUGUUAUAUUCUUGGAGAUCUAGAGUUGGAGUUGAUGUGUAUCUAGUGUUUACACAUGCUGAAUAAACAGUAUACCAUGUGGACUUGUUUUGGAUUGAGUGUUUCUACACACACUUUGUUACUUGUUCUGGUGACUGUUGUUGGUGGCACAGCAUUUCCACAAAAGUGUUUGGAGAACUUUGAAGUAUUCAUUAAUAAUGAACCUUUUAUUUGUGUUAAUGGAAUAUUGAGUAAUGUAAAAGUGAACAAUCUAACUUGUCAUUCUGGAGAGUUGUUCUACAUUGAUGAUUUUGCGCUGUAUACUCCUAGAGUUAAUGACGGCAUAUGUCUUAGUCUAAGUGGAUUUAACUACAAUCAAACAGUAACGGCAGCAUGUCUGAACAAAGAAAAUAAAGAUCUAUCCAAACAGAUUGCUUCAGCUUUGAUGAGUUCUCAAGAUAAUAUUGUUGAAGCUCAAUCAUCCUUAAAUAAAAUUGUGACAGGCGUGCAUUGGCUAAGUGUUUCAUUUAGAUGCCGGCGAGCAGCUGACGUGGUCAACAUGUGUUCGUUCUCAAGUGUAGAAGGUAUCUUUAAAGUUUUCCUGACAUCGUUUACAUCCCAAGUAAUGAGUACUGAGACCCGACCUUUAUCUUGUACUUGUUCUAUCCAGUCGUCGAGUAAAGACAUAAAAGUCAAGCCAAUUGAUGUUAGACUCAAAACAACUGAUGCAUUACAAAGUUAUACGGGCAGUAAUCAUAUUGGCAACGACAUAUUUGAGAAAAGCAACUUUUUGUGGAGUAUUGAUGGUCCUAAAGUUUUUCAAACUGAUUACCUCAAUAUUACUUUAACAACCAGAGAAAAAUGGCAGACGUGGAACAGAUUAGUGAUCGAAAUAUCAGGAGACACAUUGAACCUGACCUGUGGCCCAGAGUAUGGCAGCAUACAGACAACGAAUACUCCACUAGAUUCCUCGCAGCAGUCAUCAGCCAUUUCUGACUGUAUGGUUGCUGUUGUUGUGGUGUCAAUAGUAGCUGUGAGUUUCAUCAUAUCAACAGUCGUUGUCUGCUAUAAGUACCGCAGCAUUCAAAAGAGAGGACCUGCUCAAUAUUCUAAUUACGAUUAUUUAGAUAUUCUUACGAACGACAUCUCAAACUAUCAAACACCGGAGGCGACAUCUAGUGCUCAGUCUAGCAGGCCAGGUCAAUCUCCACACAUUCAGCAACAGCAAGCUGAAAACGACCAGCAGUAUUACAGUUCUAUAGAAACCACGUAGAGAACUAUAAAGCUAAAGCUAAUUUCUUAGGCUGACGUGUGAACUUUUCUAACCUUAACUUUUAACCAGAGUGAGAAAAUACUAAUUAGUGAAAAUAUAGAGAGAAUUUAGUAACAAAGGACUUAAGGUAAAACUUCCGAUGGAAGACCUCUUUUGAAGAAUGCUACGCAAGUGGCAGCGCCGCGCUAACUAUUCCUAGGAUAAUCUGGUCACAAGAUUACUACCGGCAGGUAGAGUAGUGGUGUCGGUGGUAUAAUGUUAUAGUUCGUGGUAGAUCUAUAUUAUGUAAUAAUAAAACGUGUUAUAAAAGGCUAUAAAAAAUAAGUAAUGAGAAAUAAUUAAUCUUUUCGUUUUUUGUUUUUGUAAGACUAAACAAAUGUAUGGUUUCCUGUACGGACUUUUUAUUUUAGUUACCUGUGUCACAGUGUAUGUCUUAUUAGUUUAGUAUUAGUAUUAAUAAUCUAACUUACAUAAUCUUUUUAUAACUAUCUAACUUCAUUCUUCCAAUCAAUAAAUUGAAUAAACAAAAUUUAGUCAAGCAUAUACUUUCAUAGUCAUAGGUAUACUCCGAAAAUUAAAAAUAUAGUAUUUAUUUGUCCGUGGUAUACACUAUGUAUAAGACACUUUGAUCAAUGCAUAAAAUAGAAAUAGUAGUGUCGUUAUACAAGUAAAGAUAAUUUGAAUUUUUUUUUCUUUUUACAAAUAAUAACUUUUUUUAUUGAAAAAUAGUCAUUUUAUGAUCUUUCACAACUUUUUCCGAGUUUAAGGUUAUAGUCUGGUAUUACUAGAAAGUACAGAAUAAACAAGAAAGUUCAUUUUUAGCGGGGAAUCGACGCUAUUAGUUUUGUAUGGUCUGUCCGCCCGUCCGUCCUGUUUAAAUCUCGUAAACUAAAAAAAGAUAGUGAAAAACCGACAUUGUGAUAUUUUCAACUUUUCACAUUUCUGAUGCAACGGCAAUAUUUUUCUGUUCUAAAAUCGAAAAAAAAUUAGCAUUUUUUUUUAUAAAAAUACACCAUUUUUAAACUAUUAAUAGUAACGGUUUUAGAUUUUUGUCAAUUUUUUUUUUACAAAUGUAUUGCUAAGUUAAAUAAGUUCUGUCAUACUAACUACUAAAUUUAGAAAACAAAAAUACUUUUAUUUCAAAGAGAAAACAUUUAUUUAGUAUGCAUAUAAGUGGAACAUAAUUGAAAACAACAAUUACAAAGAAGUUUGUCAUAUUAUCACGUGAACUGCAGUGCUACUAUAUGGCUAUAGAACACUUAUCUAAAAGAACUAUAUGGCUAUAGAACACUUAUCUAAAAGAACUAUAUGGCUAUAGAACACUUAUCUAAAAGAACUAUAUGGCUAUAGAACACUUAUCUAAAAGAACUAUAUGGCUAUAGAACACUUAUCUAAAAGAACUAUAUGGCUAUAGAACACUUAUCUAAAAGAACUAUAUGGCUAUAGAACACUUAUCUAAAAGAACUAUAUGGCUAUAGAACACUUAUCUAAAAGAACUAUAUGGCUAUAGAACACUUAUCUAAAAGAACUAUAUGGCUAUAGAACACUUAUCUAAAAGAACUAUAUGGCUAUAGAACACUUAUCUAAAAGAACUAUAUGGCUAUAGAACACUUAUCUAAAAGAACUAUAUGGCUAUAGAACACUUAUCUAAAAGAACUAUAUGGCUAUAGAACACUUAUCUAACAGGAAUUAUUUAUUUUUAUUUUUUUUACAAAACAAUGUUGUGUUUUUGAGGAUUUGAAUAAGAGAUUUACCUUUUAAAAGACAAUUCGAUCAAUUGGAUAUUCUUUAUAAGACGUUAGGCCAGGUUCACAUCUAACUUCACAUUCACUUUCAACUAUCUUUUGUACUGCUGGACCACUGGGGCACCAUACAAGAUCUGUCAACCUUCUUUCUCCAUUCUUCUCUGUAAUUAGUCUUUGAUAGAAUUUCCUCAAGUUUGUUUUUUUCUGAAAAUAUUGAGACCUGCCUUUUUACCUGCCUGGGUGACUGAUAUUGAGUUUAUAUUUCAACACAAACUGCCUUUGUAACCUUGUAAAAUUAUUUUUACGUAAAUGUUGUUGUUUUUUUUUUUCCUUGAGACUUUGAAUAAGAGAAUGACCCUUAAAAAAACAAUUCGAUCAAUUAGAUAAUCAUUAUAUAACAUCAAUUAGGUCAGGUUCACUUCUAACUUCACCUUCACUUUCACAUAUCCCUUGGUCUAUCGGACCGUUGGGGCACCACACAGAAUCUGUCAACCUUGAUUCUCCAUUCUUCUGUCAUUUGCAUUUGAUAUAAUUCCCUUCUGACAUUCUUUCUGAAAAUUUUGAAACCUGCCAUUUUACCUGCCUGGGUGGGCCUAUUUUGAGAUUAUGUUUCCACACAAAUUGUCUUUGUAGCCUUUUUUUAUUUUUCUGUUUAGAGGUAGAAUUAAGAACUUUUAGCGGUAAGAGUCAUGGUAGUCUUUAUGCCUACUUAAAAACAUUAGCACACUAGAUGACAGCAUUAUCUUGAAGGGAGGUGAAUCUGCUUGAUCUGUGACAUUAUCAACAACACGUCUUGGCACAAGUGAUUAUCUAUAGUCUAGACUAGACAGAAAGGUUCAAAUUUUCUUUUUAAUUGUCAACUAUAUUGUAACAGCUGUCUAAUAUUUCAAUGGACUUUCUUGCUGAACAUAAAUUAUAUAUGUGUCAGACGCGAAUAGCCCAAUUUUUCAGUAAAAGAAAUUACAAAAGGCAUUUCUCUAUAGAAGAAGUUACGAAAGCUAUAUAAUAUACAACCACAGACCUAUACAUACUACAAUAAAUAUAAGUUUUUGAUUUCUAGUUACGAUUUAAUUAGGUAGGUUCCUUUUUACCAUUACAUACCAAUUAUUAGAGUUUAGAAAAACCCAGGUUCGUUUCUUGUGCAACGCUAUUAGCUAACAUCGCAUAUCAUCUCUCCAUUAGUAUAUUUCUAUCUUCUAAUUCUAGUCUAGAUCUAUAUAUAAAAAUCGAAAAGAUAUAGUAAUAGUAUAGGUUCUAUCUUGAUUGACUAAAGUUUAUUAAUUAUUAGAUUAUUAGGUAUAGACAUAGGACAUAGAUCUCAUAAUACUGUAAUACGUUUACUAUACUCUAUACUUAAUCUACUAGACUAGAGAUCUAUCUAUAGAUCUAUCUAUAAUCUAGUUAAUCUAGAUCUAUAAAAUAUUCAUUAUAAUACUUCUACUUAUAAUGACUUAUUAAAUAAGUUAGUAAGACUUAGAUCUAUUAUAGUUUAUUAAUAGAUUUACUUUUCAAUGCCUAGACCUAAUAAUAAAAUUGUGAAUGAUGUCUAAUGACUGAUUAUUUAAUUUUUUUUUAUAGCAAUAGGCCUACUAGAUCUAGGUCUGGACUCUACUUAAAUCUAGUCUAAAACUCUAGAUAAUAGACACUUUCACAUAGAGGUGUUAAUAAUACGGCAUGUCGGCUGAAAGUAUAUAAAGUGCUUUUUUUUGUAAAAACAAAAAAAUAGGUGCCGGUACUCAGCGAUAGAUUGCCUAACUUUCAAUUAAUAAUAAAUUAACAAUUAACGUUGAAAUACAAGAAAAGUAAUAUUUUUUUCCGACAUUGAAAAAAGGUGCCGGUACCCGUACCGGUGUGUACCGUCACAAAAAUAUAUGUAUAUCUCAAUCUUCUUUCAUUUAAUUUUUUUUGCGGGGUUAUUGCUACUUAAUACAUUGAUACCAGAUCGAUCUAUAUAGGGCCUAAGUAUACAAGCAGGAUCUCGAGCAUUGGUUAAAUUUAUUUUUGAAAUACAAAGUUUUAUAUUAGUUGUUUGAAGUUUGUAACUUCUUAAAUUCAGGCUAAAAAUAUCGAAGCCUACAUUUUUACACUCAUUUCUAAACAAUUAAAAGAGAUGGACUGACUCAUAAUGUAGCUUGUGUACAUUUGCAAAAAACACAAACUCUCUUUGUAAUCUUAUCAGUUAGACUUUCAAAACUAUUAAAAAUUAAAAAAAACUUAGUGAUUAUUUUUACCGUAUAAUUCUAUUAUUAUUCCUUUUUAGAAUAAGGAUAUAAACAAAAAUUUGCCAUAUGACUUUGUCUAACAGAAAAAAAUGAAACUUAUGUCUAGUCUAUUUAUGUAUUUAUUUUUAGUUACAUAGUUAUAUAAAAUAUAUUGUACUAAACGUACAUUCAUUAUAAUGCAGCCAUGCGAUUUUUCGUUUAUAAACAUAGCAUAGACCAAUAUUUUACAAAGGCUGCUUGGAGAAAUCAGGUAUACCCAUUAGGAGAAAAACGACCCCUUUACUCAAGAAAAAUUUAAGAAACUAGAACAGACACAAAAUAAACAGUGACAUUCAUAACAAAAUAAUGUUCAAAAUUGAUUAGAGUAACACCUUUUUAAGUAAUCAUUUAAAGUUUAAAAUCAAUACAAUUUUUUUCAACAAUUAUUUUGUGUAUGAAAUUGUGUAUCGAAAAAUGCCGGAUACUUAAAAUAAGCUAGUCCUUAAAAAACAACACAGAUCUUGGGUAAAAUACUCAUAAAAUAAAGAACUGUAAAUGUGUAGUUUCACGCGCUAGUUUCAGGUCUUUUCUUUUUUUAGCCUCUAUCGGGUUUGAUCCCAACUACCCGUAUUUUUGUGUAGAAUUUUUUUCUCUAUCAAGCACACUUAAAAUUAUGCAUAAUAAUAUCAGUUUAAUUUAAAAAGGAAACUGAAAAAUGCAAAGAUAUUUAAGGGAAAAAAGGCACUUCCGGCCCAAUUUGUGAUUCUACCUUUUAAUCAAAGAAACGAAACGGACUAGUCCAACAUUGCCCAUUGACUACAAAGUAUACUAGUCUCUUAUUACUCGUCUAGGUGUCCCUCGGGUUCAACUGUAUAUAUAAAAACAAUAACUUUCGGAGCUGGCAACGUUGCAUUGCACUGUACUUCUCAUAGCCUAUCGUACACAUUGGCCUCCUAGUCCAUGUCUAAAAAAAUAAAACACUUCGGCUCAUUAGCGCACACGUUCCAACUAACAUAUAUAAGUACAAAUAGGUUAUACAGACAUACAUUCAUCCGUGACAGAUAGGAAUUAAAUUUAGUGGUUUGCUUUGGAUGUAGAGCACUAAUUCUAAACGCACACGACCUAUUUCUUUAUUUUUCAUAUUGUUUUAUGCCUUGUAUGAAGUUAUAGUUUGUAUGUUUUAUUUUUUU